GGAUUUUGGUUCUCCGUGUGUCUCGUCUCUCUGUUUUCUCUCUCAAACUCAAAGUUCUCAAUCACAAUCACUCUAAGCUUUCAGUUUCUGAUCAUCGAUUUCUUCGACGAAGGCGACAUAAAAGGAUGUUGACGAAGAGAACUGCAAGUUUUAAGCCUGUGCAAUCUACUGUCUCUUUGAUGAAGAGUGCCUCCAAAAAUCCUUUCAACAACCCGGUUUCACUAGUCCGGGAUGAGCCUGAGAAAGUGUUGAGCUUUAAGGCCAAAAAGAAAGUUACAUUCGACCCGAAUGUCAAAAUCUAUGAGUAUGUUUCCCGCGAUGAAGCUUCGGAUUUUUAUCUGGAGAGUGAAGGCAGUGGGAAGAAGGGGGGAGGAGGGAAAUAUAGCAAAAUCAAGCUAGUGCAAGUCUUUUUCAGAAGAUAGUUACCAGAAUUGCAGGGACAGUGAUGAUGAGUAUGAUGAACUAUACCAUGAGGAUAGUGAUCUUGAUGAUAUUGAUGAUCCCAAUGACCAAGAUGACAUUGGGGGACUAAUGGAUAAUGGCUUGUAUGAGGAUGCUGAUGAUGGAAUUGUGGAAUUGAGGAGAAUGAUUUCUGCAGCUCAUGUGUUCACUGAGGAGUUUGAUAGUCCUAUGCCAAUAUAUGGUUUGCAUGCCUGCGAAGUGAAGUCUUUCGGGUCUGCAAGAGGUAGGCGUAGUUAUGUUCAUGCCGUGCUGAACCCAGCAGAAAAUCUCAGUCAGUGGAGAGCUGUUAAAGCUUGAUGUCCACCUCCUCUCCAUUGAGAACUGGUAAAGAGAACUUUGUUUCAAAUCAAGAACCCCAGGUUCCCUUCAGUUCAGAGCCCAGUGUAAAUGAAUAUUCAUUCAGUUUCAAGUUGAAAGUUGAUCAAGCGAAGAAGUCAAAUCAUAAAACACCAAGGAGUUCUUCAACUCGAAGCCCUGACGAGAUGUCCACCAUAGGCACCGCUAGGACCUACUGGAAGCACACUAUCCCUUCCUUCGUAGGAAAAGAUAAAACAUAUGGUUCUAUGGUUGUGCAGGAUAAGAGAAUGAAUCAGUUGGGAAAAGUGAAGAUGUCCACCAUAGGCACUGCUAGGACCUACUGGAAGCACACUAUCCCUUCCUUCGUAGGAAAAGAUAAAACAUAUGGUUCUAUGGUUGUGCAGGAUAAGAGAAUGAAUCAGUUGGGAAAAGUGAAGAUGUCGACCAUAGGCACUGCUGGGACCUACUGGAAGCACACUAUCCCUUCCUUUGUAGGGAGAGAUAAAACAUAUGGUUCUAUGGUUGUGCAGGAUAAGAGAAUGAAUCAGUUUGGAAAAGUGAAGCCAACCGGGUCUAACCCAUAUGCUCGAGAUAGGAGUACUUCUCAUAAUCCUCCCUUGAUGCCGGUUGAAAAUCUUGCUUGGUGGAAAGCUCUUAAAGCUAAAGGGCAACGGAAUUGAGGCCUCAAAAUGAGAAUUUUUUUCUAAUCAUGAAUCCCGGGCCCCCUUUUAAUUCAAGCCAAGUUUCAAGGAAAUAUCAAUCAGUGCCCAGUCCAAACUGAUCAAGCCAAGAAAGUUAAACCAAGAAACAGCAAGGAGGUGUUGAGAACGUGUGACUUGGUAUUCAUCAAGUCAAGUGGGCCAGCUGUAUUCUCCAUUCCAUUGUGUUUUUGGAAUACUUCAGCAACGGUUUUGGAGUCCUUUUCCAAGAAGUUGGAGUGUGUGGGCUACGUUAGCUUUUCUAUCCCUUUGUGAUUUUGGAUUACUUCUACAAUUCAAGCCGGAAAAGGAGAGAGCAACCAAAUUUCAUGCUCUAUAAAAGCAUGAUCUGACUCUCUUGUUUAGUGUGCCAAAAAAAAAAAAAUACAAUUGAGAGAACGAAGAAGGUGAGGCAUCAAAAGAAAAAAGAGUUUUUAUUUUUUUGUUAUUAUUCUCCUUUUGGGUAAAAGUGAGAAUCGGAUGUAAUGGGGCAUUUGGGUUUGAGUGGUUUUCACGCCCUGUUACUUUCUUGUACUCAUAUUUUGAUAGUGGAUUUUCUCCGGGUCGUCUCCGCCAGUGGAUGUAGGCUUAUUAAGCCGAACCACUUAAAUCUUGGUGUCGUGUGUGAUUGCUUAUCUUUAUUAUUUUGUGUUCUUAUUUUAAUUGGUCUUGAGUAAUAAGAUUAAUUUCCUAACCCGAGGUAUACUAAUAGAAGUGCUGUUGUUAAUGUUGUUUUGUGGCAAAUAAACUAUAAAGUAAGGUCAAUUUAAUUUUGUAUGGCAGUUGCUGGCUGUUUUAAUUUCUUGACUUUUUUAUACAAUUCAAUUCAUUUCUUG